AUGAGCUCUCGAAGUAUCAACUCGACAACACAGUUUGAUUACUCUCAAUACAGCAGUAUAGGAGGCACCAAUCCAUCAGUAGCUGGUGCUGCUUCUUCACAACACCACAUCGACACUAGCCUAUUGUUGGCUACGGAACAGACAAACGAUGGCAACGAUGCGAAUGGAGGUGGACCACCAAAGACACAAAAGUAUAAAGAGAGAAGAAGUAAUCAGAACGUUGCCAGCAGGAACUACAGGCAACGAAAGAAACUUCAUAUCAAAGAGAUGGAGGACAGGCUUCAUCAAUUAAUGGUAGAGAACGAAACAUUAAAGAGUGAUAUGAGCAAGUUUGGAAGCAAUCCAACCGAACUCAUGCGAAUACCUCCUGAUAUGGGCACUCAAAUGGCACAGGUUAGAAAGACCAUCAUCAGUAUCGAUCAGGCGAUAAGGAAUGGAGAACCUGAUGCUGUGCUCAGCUCCCUCCUGAAGGACUUUUAUGUACAUAAACAGAACUCAAUCACCUACCGCGAGAAGGAAAUUGAAAAGCUCACAAUGCUCGGUUUCAAACCAUUGACCAACCCUUGGUCCGACUUUGUGAUCAACUCCAACCAUUCAGACUGGUGGAAACAUUACUCAAUCAAGGCCAACAUUUCAAAGGAACAAAACCAGAACCUAUCAAACAUCUGGCAUCGAUACUGCGAGGAAGAGGUCAAGCUUCAGAAGGAUCUGACUGAGGUGGAUGAGAAGAUCCAGCAGUUCUACCUCUCCAAGGUGUUUGUCAUGCCAAACAUUGAGGAUCUGUUGACCAAGGCGCAGUCAACCUCUGCACCCCUGAACGACCUCACAGACUCUGACAGGGUAGACACGAGCGAGAUACUUGAGUUCACAUUCAACCUGGAGCGUCUUAAGCAGGUGUUCAUCAGAGGAUGUCGCAUGCUUAUGGAGACCUCCAAACAGAUGAGCAAAUAUCUCAACGUACGUCAAGAGGCAAUGUUGGUGGUACUACUCGACGCCAACUCUAAAUAUGUCCUCUCCAACUUGGAAAUGGCCAACAACCUUUGGGAGCAGUUGAGCCAAACCAAACAAGGUUCCUCUUCAUCAACAUCAGUUCCAUCAUAUAAUAACAUCAAUAACCAGCAGCAACAACAGCAGCACCGCCAAUCUAUGCAUCAACAACACAACAACAGUGGUAGUGUAUUAGUACAACCAAACAAUGUAGCACAGCCACCUCCGACCAGUGUAUAUAAUGCACCCUCUACAACAUCAAUCUACAGCAACGAUAUAUCAGCCGAUUUCAUUUCUCCCUAUCAACAACAAACCAGCCAUCCAAACAAUAGCCAACCAUACAGCUUUACCACUGCUACUCCAUACAAUCAACCUCACCAACAACAUCAUCAACUACAUCAUCAACAACAACAACAUCAACAAGUUGACAUUGAGCACAUUCUACCAACACUUAACAACACUGGUGGCUACUAUCAAGGGACACACACCUAUCAAGGUUAUCCACCAAAUUGA